AGCUCUCGCCCCUUCAGUGCCGACGCUAGAGAAAGACUUUACUCCAGGGGCUUCCUCCUCACUGGGGAAUCGCUGGAAAGAGCAAACAAAAAAGGCGCUGGUGUAGGCUCCAAAAUAAACAUCUGAAUUCGUGAUGGCAUCGACAGAGGCACUUAAUGGAUUAAAAGUUUCAAAACAAACAAUAACGCUUUGGAAAAAGGGUUGAAUGUCUGCCUGUGCUUUCAGGCAUGACCAUGGAGAAAAGUGGGAACAUACAAUUGGAGAUCCCCGACUUCAGCAACUCUGUUCUGAGCCAUCUCAACCAGCUACGAAUGCAAGGCCGGCUCUGUGAUAUUGUGGUCAAUGUGCAAGGACAAGCUUUUCGGGCUCACAAAGUAGUACUGGCUGCCAGCUCCCCUUAUUUCCGGGAUCACAUGUCCUUGAAUGAAAUGAGUACUGUGUCCAUUUCUGUCAUCAAGAACCCUACUGUUUUUGAGCAACUUCUUUCUUUCUGUUACACAGGGCGGAUAUGCCUGCAACUAGCAGAUAUCAUCAGCUACCUAACAGCUGCUAGUUUUCUGCAGAUGCAGCAUAUUAUAGACAAAUGUACGCAGAUCCUAGAGGGCAUUCACUUCAAAAUUAAUGUGGCUGAGGUUGAAGCAGAAUUAAGUCAAACAAGGACAAAGCAUCAAGAGAGACCUCCAGAGUCUCAUAGGGCUACACCAAAUCUAAACCGCUCACUUAGUCCACGGCAUAAUGCCUCAAAGGGAAACUGGAGAGGGCAGGUCAGUGCCGUGCUGGAUAUCCGAGAGCUCAGUCCCCCGGAGGAGCCCACCAGUCCUCAGAUAAUUGAACAGAGUUCUGAUGCAGAAGGCCGGGAGCCCAUUCUUCGAAUCAACAGAGCAGGACAGUGGUAUGUGGAAACAGGACUAGCAGACCAGGGGGCCCGGAGUGGUGACGAAGUUAGGGUUCUUGGAGCAGUGCACAUCAAAACUGAAAAUCUAGAAGAGUGGCUUGGGCCAGAGAAUCAGCCUUCUGGAGAAGAUGGGAGUAGUGCAGAGGAAGUCACAGCCAUGGUGAUUGACACCACAGGCCAUGGUUCUAUAGGACAGGAAAGUUAUACUUUAGGGUCUUCAGGAGCCAAGGUAGCUCGGCCAACCAGCAGUGAAGUUGACAGCUUACUUUGGGAGACUGGAAGUAUGUCAGAAGACUUGCAUUUUCAGCACAGGAGGCUCCUGGAUCUGAAAUAUUGACGAUGUUAUGAGAACUGUGGUAAACUGUGGUAAACUGUGGUAAAAUUAGCCACUUCAGUGAAUCAGAAUAGCAUCGGCAGCCACUCUAGGAUCAGUAAUUGCCAGGGCUCUCUGCACUAGGCAGGGAGCUGAUUGUCAGGGGUCUGGUAACAUUGCUGUUUCUCACACAGGUAGGUAACCUUGCGGAGUCUGACUUGCCUUAUAGCACUGUGUAUUUCUCUUUGCCCUUACCGACAGAGACAAUUUGGUACCAUCAAUAAUUUUCAAAUUAGAGUAAUUACACUACAGUAAUUCUAGAGAAAAGCUUUUGAAUGUUUUCCAAGUGUCACCUGGUAAUGUUUCCUUUGAAGCAGCUACUACCCCAGGCCUGUUUCUUCCUAACAUACUGAGUCUGUUAGAAGGGUUCCUUUUAGUGGGAAUAGCACUGGCUUUCAUCGAGUCAAUUGAAAGAAAAAUGUUACUAGUUUAGAUUGGUAAUAUUUUGAGUUCUUUCUUUCUUUUUUAUUUAUUUAUUUAUUUGUUGAAACGAUUUCUGUAGCUCAGGCUGUUCUAGAACUCAGGGCAGUCCUCCUGCCUCAGCCUCCUGAGUACUGGGAUUACUGGCAUGGGUUGCCAUAUUUGUACUUUGUUGUUGUUUGUGGGGGUUGUUUUUGUUUUUCAAGGCAAAGUUUCUUUGUAUGGCCUGGCCUGGAACUCAACUCAGAGAUCUAAUUGCUUCUGCCUCCUGAGUGCUAGGAUUAAAUGAGUUUGCCACCACCGCCCAGCUCUUGUUUUUUUGUUUGUUUGUUUUGGUUUUCUUUGUUUUGUUUUUUGAGGCAGGUAAUUCAAGAUGAUCUAUAGCUUACUUUUGGCCUAGGCUAACCUCAAAACUUUUUUUUUUUUUUUUGGUUUUUCGAGACAGGGUUUCUCUGUAUAGCCCUGGCUGUCCUGGAACUCACUCUGUAGACCAGGCUGACCUCGAACUCAGAAAUCCGGCCUGCCUCUGCCUCCCAAAUGCUGGGAUUAAAGGCGUUCGCCACCACGCCCUGCUAAGCAUUCUUCCUGCCUCAGGCUACCGAGCACUAAGAAGAUAGGCUGGCUUAUUCUUUUCCCUGCUUAAAAUAGAUUGAAAUGGGUAAAGGCACUUAGAAUCAAGCCUGACCAUCUGAGGUCACCCCUGGCUGGCACAUGGUAGAAGGAAAGAAUGGACUCUAGUAAGUUAUCUGUCCUCUACACACAUGCCUCUCAUACAUAAGUUAAAAAAAUGAACUUGGGAGUAACUAAAGCCAACUAACUCGGUUCUUUAGUUUAUAGCUGAUAAUGUAGACAUUUAGGAUUUUUUUAGCCAUUUAGGUGGUGUUCAUUUGAAUAUUUUCCACCACGUGACCUUGAUAGACUAAAUAUUCUUCAGCACAGAAUAUAUUCAUCCCCAGUGUGGGUAGCUGUUGUUCUCCUGCAAUAGAACUGUAUUAGGAUGUAUGUCUUAAAUACAAAAAGAGCAUUAAUUUAUAUGAACUAUGAACUUACCGUAAGAGAAGGAACAGCUCAAACCCCAGUAGUCACAUAAAAGAACCAGAAUUUCCAGGCAUCAUGGAACAUGCUUGGAAUCUUAGCACUUGGGAGGUUGAACCAGAAGGACUGCUAUGAGUUGAUGCACAUGUAGCCGUGGAGCCUACCCAGUGUAGUGAGUGCCAGACCACCCAAGGCUUCCUAGCAAGACCAUAGCUCAUAAACGCAAAACACAACUACGGACUUUUCAUCUUCUCUGUGGUCUACUUGCUUUGUCACUUUGAAAAUAUUUCUGCUUGAUUUAGUUCCAUUCCUCAGCGAUAAGAUAGAGUAGAAACAGCAUUCAAGUUCUUUGACACUACUUGUCUAUUGGUCCCCUUUAUGCUCCUUUUCCAACAGAUUUAGUCCCUCCGGCAGUGUUGUUUCCAUGACAGAAAGACACAGAGCCAGAAGUGAGUCUCCUGGGAGAAUGGAUGAGCCUAAGCAACUUAGCUCCCAGGUAGAAGAGUCAGCAAUGAUGGGAGUAAGCGCCUAUGUGGAGUAUCUCCGAGAACAAGAAGUGUCCGAACGAUGGUUCCGGUAUAAUCCCCGUCUCACCUGCAUCUACUGUGCCAAAUCUUUCAACCAAAAGGGAAGUCUGGACCGCCACAUGCGCCUGCAUAUGGGAAUCACACCGUUUGUCUGCCGCAUGUGUGGAAAAAAGUAUACCCGGAAAGACCAGCUGGAAUAUCACAUCCGCAAGCACACAGGCAACAAGCCCUUUCACUGUCACGUUUGUGGCAAAAGUUUCCCCUUCCAGGCCAUCUUGAAUCAGCACUUUCGAAAAAACCACCCUGGUUGUAUACCCCUGGAAGGGCCUCAUAGCAUUUCUCCUGAGACUACUGUCACUUCCCGGCAAGCUGAAGAAGGGUCACCUUCACACGAAGAAAUAGUUGCUCCUGGAGAAUCUGCCCAGGGCUCAGUUUCUACUACUGGGCCAGAUUGAAACAUUGAGGGGGAGGGGGCAAACCCUCUUCCCCUUUGGGCCGUAACCAGCCCCUGUCAGGACCAUGGAUUGGUACUUAGAUUCACAAAAUGCCACGUCACUCAACUAGAAGAUGUUCCCAUGGUUUUGCCAAAUUAGAAGACCAACAUGCGGAAGGCACUAAAGGCUCUUCUCCUCGUUCCCACCUCAUACUCUGGAAAAUAAGCAAGCAAAUCAGCUUCUAAUUCAGGGAUCAACAGCCUUGGUUUGUUAACUUUAUAACAAAAAAGAUGUUUUUAAACAAACUGAUCAAUGACUCAUUUAUCAACCAGUCAUGAUUGAACACCAUACUUAGGUCCAUAUCAUCUUGAUGGGUGAAAUCCCAGAUCUAAAAAACAGCAGCAGGAGCUUUGGCCAAGUGAAGCAGCCUGCCAGAAGAGAGGAAGGUAGUCACAAUGGUGAGAGAGGGGAAUCUUUCUUUCCUCUUCCCUGCCAGAGCAUGCAUUUCCAUGUUUAAAGGGAAAAAAAAGAUGAAUACUGGUGGGUCUUAAUAGUCUGAAAGGUUAGACUGAUGUUAGCCUGGUGAGGCAUCUAAUACUUGCCUAGUUGUUUCAUGUGAUCAGCUGAAGGUAGCUGGCUACCUCGGAGUAUUUAGCAGGCAGAAGCACCUGAAGCACUUGGGCCUUGGAGAAGUAAAAUGAGCCCCUAAGCGUUUACAAUAGGCACUCAUGAGAGCUUGGGAAAAAGGAGCAGGGGAGGAAGUACUUGGAUGCUUUGCAGAUACUGCACAGCUCAGAGCUCAACUGCAGCUUCCUGUUUGGUGUUUGUAAAGCAUAGUACUUGCAUACUCCCUUCGGUGUUACAGAAAUGUUUCUAGUUAUGUGAUUUCACUUGUUAGGCUGACUACCAAAAGUUCAUCCUCUUGAGCUCCUAAGUUUCAUAUAACAGCAAUAUUUACAUCAAAAUGUCACUUUCCAGUGAAAUGAGCUUGGAUUGUAUUUUUAAGUCCACAGGUCUCCACAUUUGAUAACUUUUAUAUGGGGUUUUUAAACAGUUUUUUUCUGCAAUGUUAAUAGUUGAAGAGAGAUUCAACACUAUUGUUCUUAUUGCAACCACAGUUUAAUUUCCUUCAACGUGUUUUAUACUUCAUAUUUUCAGUCCAUUGAAGAACCUCACUUAAGUCCGUGUCUUGGGUAUGCAAAUCUAUAUAUAAUUCAUAAACCAAUUAGCAAAUUGCUGGUGACUCCAAGAGCUAUGUUUUUUGGUUUGUUUUUUUUUUUAAAUAAUACACUACAGGGCACUUCAUCAUGCACAAUCAUGUUGCAAUAAAUGAUCAAGGGAUCAAUUCUUAUCAGGUGUGGUUAUACUAUCAUUCCUAAGAUUUUUAAAACUUCAAGGAGCUUUUUUAGUGAUCUUGAGUUUUCUGAGAUUCUUAACCCAGCUCUGAAAGAAUUUACCAAACACACAGAGCUUUAUAUGCCCAUCUUGCAUGCAGAGAGAGAGGAGGAAUAUUAAAUGAUACAGGCAAAUGAAUGCCUGCACUCUACCGUGCAAAUACAAGUCUCUAGCUUGAGGAAUUUUAAGAGAAUAUUUAAAUGUAUAAUUGUUGUGGUACAGGGAUGUGGAUGAUUCUAAGAGAUUUGGGAGUUGGGCUGGUCCUACCUGCACUAGUGAGCCAUGUAUGAGAAUGUGAAGCUCGUGUGCUCCUUCCUGUGAGCACUCUGUGGUAUGUGAAAAGGUCAGGGAAAGCCAUUUUUUAAUAAGAAACUGGAAUGCAGAAGGUGGCUUUGAACAAUCUGAGAAUCAGAUAUACUGUAUCACUAGAGAAAGAUUUUCUCUUCUGAAGAAGUAUAGACAUUCAUCUUUCAAAGGAGUAUGUGGUAGUCCCCUUGAAGAGCCUGCCCUUAAAAGCAGCACUGGUGAGCAGUGUCGCAUCUCUGGUCAUCACAGGCUACUUAGUCUUGCUACUUAGUUGGGCAACAGCAUGAUAAAGUGAAAACUGUCUCCUAGAGCCACCUUAGGGACUACUGUGCUCUGGGGCAUCAAAACAGAGCUGAAGUUGUACGGAAACUUUUUAGUUUGUACUUCAGGUCUUCAGUGGACAGAUGUUAUCAUUACUGAUCAGGCAGGUAGCUGACACGUACAGAAGAGACUGCUUCAGAUGGAAUUUUUUUUUUAAGCCAACCAAAAAUAUAAGUCUACCCUACUUUUGAAAAGUUAAGUUAUAUGCUAAAAGUUGUUUUUUGCAUUAAUAGCUUUUUAGGUGAUAUGUGAGAAAAUUGAGCUUUCAACUAUUACCAAAUUAUAAUGGUAAAAUGCAGUAAUUUCUGUAAAAAGAAACUUGGAGCACUUAUCAACACUCCAUCCAAGGUCAGGCACAAGCCCCUUGAAUAGGGUAGAGACUGUCGAAUUCAUGUAGAAAUGUUAGGCAUGCUUGGUGGGUUCCCUUCCAUUUUCACUCAUUUCUAAUAGGGUUUUAUGUACUGAUACUGUGAACAGAGUGCUUUGGGUCCUAUGACCACAUCAGCACAAUCUUCUUUGCUGGUUCUCUCCUCUAAUUGGCCUAGCCAGAGCCAUGAAAUUCAUGAGACUUCUAGCCAGGCUACCUUUGAAACAAACUAAAGUUUGCAAAAAUAAUCUCGUGUUUUAGUUAGAAGUGAUACCAUUCUGAAUAUCCAGGAUUCGUAUCCAGAUCCACUGUGACAUUGGCCUACUUCUUUGCUAGCAUCGCUGUAGGGUCAUAAGGGUUAGUAGUAUAUUAUGUAUAUUAAUGAUUAUUGGUGUGUACAAGGCAUAUGCUCAUGUACUAAAUGGACUAUGGCUGAUGCUGAUACUUACUACCAAAUCUUGACUUGCACACGUCACCUUGUGAGGGGAACUACAUUAGCAGUGAGAGCUAAAUCAUCAGUAGGUAGCGUAAUGCCAUGAAGUUGCAGUAUUAGGACUAUUAUCAAUCAGUGGCACUUAGCAACAGAGGAGCUAUCCAGUAUUCUGAGCAAAAGCAGAGAGUUGGCCACGUGUGUAUCUGUCUUCACUCUAAAUAGACUUUUUAUUCUCUCUGAAUUCCGAUGCUGACAUAAACUAUGGCAUUCACAUGGCAGUGUCACUGUAUUUACGCAGAAAGGCUCUUCCUAAUGAAGUCUUCUCUUUUUUACUCAGAACCAUAAUUACCUCUAAACUGAGUUGAAUUUUAUUUUACAUAAAUUUCAAGUGACUCCAUAGUUUGUUUUUGUUUUGCUUUUAGAUAUUUGAGACAGGGUCUUGAUAUAUAUAUGCAUAUAUGUAUACACACUCAACACAUAUACAUACAUACAAGCCCUUUGCCAUCCUGAUCCUCACUAUAUAGCCCAGUAGGACUUUGACCUCAUAAGUACUGAGAUUACAGGAAUAUACCACCACACUCGGCCCCAUUCCAUUUCAUUGUACUAAGGAACUAAAUCUAAUCUUGAUGACAUAAAACUGAUUAGUCUAUAAAGUUCAAAGAAGAAAGAAAGCAAUUAAGAAAAGUUUUCUUGUAUUUUUGCAUUUUCAUUUGUUUCCAGUUCUCUUCCCAUCAGUGAAACGGUUUUCCAAAGAUGGUAUGGUAGACUGUCCAUCUUCUUUAUAGUGGAAAUCCAGCUUCCACUGGAUUUGUCUGGUGGAAGAGUGAUGUUUGUAACUUCAUUUUAAAUGGUUAAGUAGUCCUUUGUCCAAGAAAUAGCUUUGACAUAGUCUUACUACUAACUCACACUGGUUUCUUUUUUUUUUUUUUUUAACCUGUAUAAGUUGCUUUUUGUUUAACAAAAAGGUCUAAUUGAAAGAAAUAGAAGCAGUGGAAAAUGGAAAGACUUAAUUGUAGUAGAAAAGCACUUAAUCAGAAAGAUUUGAAAUCCUGGAGGAUAUGUAAGAAGGGGUCAUUUGUUUGGGGUUUUUCUUCCAAAUAUGCUCUUUAUCUGAUUAGUACACUUAUUUAUUCAAGGGAUAUUGAUUGAGUCUUUACUGAGCAGUCUUUGGGAGUGGAGCUUUUUACAUAUGCCACAAUGGAAAAGAAUUUCAGAUACUAAAAUUAUUUUCAUACCUGAGAGUUAGGAAAGGAACAGCAAGCAGUUGCCAGGUAAAUCAUUGAGUUCAGUGUAGCUCUCAGCCAAUCAGAUCCCUAGGGAUUGAGUCAGAGCAGGGUUCAGCAAACCAUGGCCUUUAAGUGAAAUACAAAGGCUUAUAUGAAGAAAAGUAUGUCCAAACACCUAUGGGCUCAGGUAUUGUUUAUGGUUUCUUUAUACUGUAAUAAAAUUGAGUCUCCCUGGCCAGCAAAGCCUAAUGUCUGGAAGGGGUCAGAGGUUUGCCAUCUUCUGGCGUCCUUUCAAAGAUUGACCACAGAUGAUUUCUCCUGACAUUUCACCCUUAGUGUAGUUUGGUAGAGGCUUUAAUUUGACGGUCUUAUCUGCAUCUGGUACUUAAGAAUGUGUCAUUGUUGUCGAGAUCCCCGUAAGCCCCCUUGGUGUUUCUUGUGCUUGAUUGUCAUUCCAAAGGGUAUUUAGAAUGAAUUAUAAGCCAAAAGGAAGCAGGGUUAUGACUUGUUGUUCUUGUCUAAAAGGUUUAAGUAGAUUAAGUUUAGAAUAAUUGUUUGUAACAGGAUAUUUCUUAUUUGGCUACCCUGUUUGAAGUUUUAUGUUUUUAUAAGUAAGUUUUGCCAUUUUUUGAUCUCGCUUUAACUGAUUUGUGUAAUAACCUCCCUAGAAUUAAAGGACAGUCUCUGUUGCAGAUAGAUAUAACUGCUUGUGGUAACUCUUGCCUGUAACCCCAGCACUUGGGAGGGAAGGUGAGGAUGAGGGUCAGGAGUUCAGAGUUAAUCCUGGCUACAUAGGAGUUGAGGGUAGCCAUGGCUAUGUGAGACUGUGUCUCUAUUUAUCAGAUGUACUGUUUUUCUAGAUUAGACACCCAUAUUUUUCCUUCAUUUUAAUUUUCUUAAGCAAAGUCACUCUGUCCUUGUGUGGACUAAUAAAAAGUCCAAAAUCUUUCAAUCUUUUUCUCCUGUAGGUUUUCAAACAUAAUAAAACAUCAGGAUUUAAAAUUUUUCUUAGGCCCAUUCUUGCAUAUCUGCUAUUACCUUACUUGUUAAAAUACAUAUAGAACCAUUACAUAUUUGCUUUGUUCAUCCUUAGUCUUAUAUAAGAUGCAGAGAAAUGUAAAAUUUUAACUGGGGAUGGAAAGAUGGGUCAGCGGUUAAGAGCACUGACUGCUCUUCUGAAGGUCCUGAGUUCAAAUCCCAGCAACCACAUGGUAAUGAUGGUUUCUCACAACCAUCAGUAAUGAGAUCUGGGGCCCUCUUCUAGGGUGUCUAAGGAUAGCUACAGUGUACUUACAUAUAAUAAAUUAAUGAAUCUUUUAAAAAAAUUCAACUGUGGUCAUAGAAAUGCUUGCAAGAGGAGAAUCUGACUUCUCCCCAUUUGGAAGUAAGACAAGGCCUUCAGAGUUUUAUUUGGGCAAAGUUUUCUAGACUGUGCUGAUUCAGUAUGGUGAGCUUGAUUUGUUGUUAUAAACCCUAUCCUUGUAGAUAAAAAUGGGAUGAGUCAUUAGUCUCCAUGCACAACUUGGGUUUGGUUUGGUUGUUACAUUUUGUGACAGGGUCUCUCUCACUAUGUAUAUCUCUGACUGGCCUGGAACUCAGAGAUCUUUCUGCCUUCCAAGUGCUGGGACUAAAGGCAUGUGUCUCCAUGGUUGGCCACCUCUUUGUUUUUAAAGUUGCCUUCUAAUAAGGAAUUACUAUGUUUUAUGUGAUAUAGUAGCCUAUGAAGAAUAGAUAAUCCUCAUUGUAAAGUUUCAGGCUAUUCAUGUAAGUUAAAUGUGCUUUAUUUCAGAGCACAUUACACUUAGUAAUAAUGGGUUUUCUAAUUGAUCUGGGACAUGCUACUUGGAAGACAUUGCUGCAGAUAACUGAGCGUCCAGCUAUACUCUCUUUGAGUUCUUGCUAAUAGAUGUCAUUUAAAUAGGAGUCAGUUGAAAACAUUGACAUUUACCAAGCAUUAAGACUAAUCCUCAAUAUCUUUGCUUCUUUGCUUUCCAAUAUUUUCCUGGUGUUUAGAUCAGGAUUUUUAAAUAGUGCUUUUCCCCAGGCUUUUGUUUUUACCUAGAUAGUAAGUAGGCUUUCUUCCUCUGGGCAGGCCAAAGUAUCAAUAAGUUGGAACACCUGAGCUUGUUGCAUUACAAAGAAAGUAAUUAUUGCUAGGGACAGUGACCUUAAACCCUUAGAGAUGUCUGUGCAGGUCAUCUACUUUUGUUGUGUUGGAAGACCAUUUUUUUCUCAAAUGAUACAUAUACAACAAUGCUGGAAAGACAAAUAUUAUCUGAAAUCCACAUUGAAGGCCGAGUGUGGUGGGGGGUGGAAGGGAGCUUUUCUUUCUUUUCUUUCUUUCUUUCUUUCUUUCUUUCUUUCUUUCUUUCUUUCUUUCUUUCUUUCUUUCUUGUUUUGGUUUUUCAAGACAAAGUUUCUCUGUACAGCCAUGGCUGUCCUGGAACUUACUCUGUAGACCAGGCUGGCCUCAAACUCAGAAAUCCGCCUGCCUCUGCCUCCCAGGUGCUGGGAUUAAAGGCGUGAGCCACCACGCCCGGCUGGAGGGAGCUUUUCUAAUGCUUGAUAUUUUUGUGUCUACUCAGUAGGUCCUGUGGAAGAGUCUCAAGUGUCCCACCCAGUUAAAGUAGUCUUACAUUGAGCAUAAUUUAAAGCCCUGACUCUUAGGAUGUGAAUUAGUCUGUAAUGCCAGAAGUAUCUCAUGGAAACAUACGCAAUUACUUGUCUUCACUAUAUGUAGGAGACUAUUCCAUUAAAGAAAUAUUAAGUACUUUUUGAUACCAGACAAUGUGCUUGGAGUUUUUCAGACAAAACAAGCUUUAAUUAGUUGUGACUUACCCAUUCUUUUGUUUUGUCUUGUUUUUCUCUCCAGGUAGCCCUGGCUGUCCUAGAACUCACUACAUAUACCAAGCUGGAACUCAUAGACUUCUGCCUGCCUUUGCCUCCUGAGUGUUGGGAUUAAAGGCAAGCUCUACCAUGCGCAACAGGGCUUCCCAUUUUGAGAGUCAAGCGAUCCAACACCUGAUACUCAGACCAGCCUCUAGUGCCUUUCGUGAGUAAAAUUAUGGCACCUUUUAUAGAUGAAAAAACUGAUGAGCCUAAGAGUACCUAAGAUGAAGGUCUCAUAUUUACCAAUCCAAUUCCAAAGUCCAGUCUACCUCCACUAUAGCGCUUUUACUUCCUGUACAGCACCUACUAAUGCUCCUACUUUUAGUAAACUUAUAACCAAAAGUAAGGGCUAGAGAGAUGGCUCAAUGGUUAAGAGCACUGGCUGUUGCUGAGGACCUGAGUUUGGUUCCUAGCACCCACAUGACAGCUCACAACUGUCUUGUUAUUCCUGUCCCAGGAUCCAAAUCCCUCUUCAGGUACCAGGCACUGUGCAAAGACACAUUCAGGCAAAAUACCCAUAGAUAUAUAAAUAAGUAAAAUUUUGUUUAUUAUUAGCAGAUUCUUUCAAAGGAUGAUGUAGUUGGUCUCUGCAGAUUUGAAUAGGAAUAUUGCCCACUUAUUCAGAAUUACCCAAUUUGGUUGGUUUAAUUGUGAGUAAGCUGAAUGAGUUACUGCUUAAAAGUGAAACUGUUUUCUGGUUACUUAGCUGCUGUAACAAACUGCUCUAAAGUUUAAAAGGGCUUGACUUUGUAGAAAGUUAGAAGUUGAGGUGCUGGUUGAAUUGGUCUGAAAGGUUCAAGAUGAUGUCACGUGUCCUGGUGUACAGGGACCUGAAAAGCUGGGCCUGGCUUUUUCAUUGAGUUUCAAGGAUUCUCCAUGGUAGUUGGACUUCUUUUUGUUUGGUUUUUGUUUUUGUUUUUUGAGAAAGGGUUUCUCUGUGUAGCCCUGGCUGUCCUGAAACUCGAUCUGUAGAUUAGCCUGGCCUCCCACUCUGCCUCCCAAAUUCUGGGAUUAAAGAUGUGGGCCUCCACCACUCAGCAGGUAGUUGGGACUUUUGACAUGGCAGCUUAGGCUGGGCAGAAGAUGCCAGUCUUCUUAAAGGCCAGGCCUCCAAUCAUCACGGGGUCACUGCCAUACUUUAGUAAGCGCUGAGCCCAGACCCUAGGGGAGAGGAAGUACCCUAACCUUUAUGAAAGACAUGCGGAGAGUGGAGACCAUGUUAAAUUGUUUACAGGUAACCGUUAGGCUGUUCUUUUGUCCUAAACCUUUUGCAGUCAGUUUUGUUUUGUUUUGUUUGUUUGUUUGUUUGUUUUGUCUCUAAUAUUUAGGAAAAAUUUCCCCAUGUUUGGUUUGACUUUUCUUAUUUUACAAAAUCAAAAGACCCCUAAGUUUUUCAUUAAAAUACCCAGGUAGCUCUCAGGUUUCUAGACCAUUUCCCACAGCCCUUCUAAGACAAAUUCAACUAAGCUUGUUGUUUUAAAAGGUUUCUAAUCUCAGGAGACCCACAUAGUCAACUUUGCUUAUUUCCUGUGCCAAUUAGCAGACAAGGGUGGUUGUCUCUCUACUUUUUUUUUAUUAGAUAUUUUCUUUAUAUACAUUUCAAAUGCUAGCCCGAAAGUUCACCUCCCUGAUCCCUCCCCCCCGCCCUGCUCCCCUCCCCACCCACUCCCACUUCUUGGCCCUGGCGUUCCCCUGUACUGGGGCAUAUAAAGUUUGUAAGACCAAGGGGCCUCUCUUCCCAGUGAUGGCCGACUAAGCCAUCUUCCGCUACAUAUACAGCUAGAGAUACGAGCUCUGGGGGUAUUGGUUAGUUCAUAUUGUUGUUCCUCCUAUAGGGUUGCAGUCAGUUAUUAAUACCAUUGAAGCCAUUUAUUCCAUCUGCUGUGUGACAGUAAAAUAUCUAGAAGGAGAAUGAGACCAAUGCCUGAGACUCACUUUAUUAGUUACAGCCUUCUUUCAAGUUCCACACACUUUAAAGCACUUGUUCCUUUCCCACUCUAUACUUUGUUACGGGAUUUUGCUGUGGUUGCUGUGAAGCCACAAUAGCUAUGCAUGCUGAGCCAAAAACACUCGUAGGAAAUAAAAGACGUAUUACUGUUUGAGAUUUUGAUUUAUUGGAGACAGCUGCAUUUAAGUUUAUAAAUAGGUGGGAAAUUCCUAUGAUAUGAAAAUAUAUGGCUACUAAAUCAUUUCAGGAAUUGCUAUUGUGUGGCUUGCUAGCCUAUUAUUAAGACCAUAAGAGGUUCUUCUUGUACUGUUGUCUCGUACAUGCUAGGCAAGUGCUCUAACCAUUGAGCGACAUCUCCAGCUCACCACAGUCAAUUUUGCCUACUGCCUACUUGUCUUAUGCCAUCUCUAUCUACCACUUCUCCUCUCAUAUAGUUUUAUGCUUAAAGAUGAAUUAAUUGGCUGAUCCCAUUCCUACUGUUCUUCUUACAGCAGAGUCAGUUGCCCAACUGUGUGUAUUCUCUGUGUGUGCUUCUCUCAUUCAGAGUCACCAGAUCAUUGGUGCUUUUUGAAGCUGGGGUUGUCAGAGUUAUAAUGCUUUACUUAAACCUCUGCUGACUUAAGAUAAUUAGGCUAGAAAACUUAAACUAGUCCUGCAUUGAGAAGAAGAUGGUAGAGAAUAAAUUGUACUCUACUAAGUACCCCCAAAUCAAUAAUAAUUCUAAGAGAAAAAAAGUUUGAGAUACCAAGUGAGUAGCUUCGCAGAGAAAUAGCUUCUAGCCCAUCAUUUCUAGUUCUCAUGGGGUCCAGUGAUCUCUGCUGCUAAAUGAGGCCUAGGGAAAUAGAGGGGUACUAGGAACCAAAGGCAUAAUUUAAGACCGUGUAAAAUGCUAGGAACUGGGGGGAGAGAGGAAAAAGAAAAAAGAAAACCCCAUAGUGCAGUUAGAGAGCCAAGAUAGAAUGGGGAUUAAUUAGGUUUUAUCGUGUAAAGAAGAGGGGACGUUUUUAAUGAAUAUAAGGAAUAGGACUUAAUUUAAAACUUUUUAAAUAUUCAUUUCCACCCUGAUAUAAUCCACUUACCCCUGUCUUUCUUAAAUAACUUUGAAAUUACAGUCCCAGGAAGUGACAAUUUUACUGUGAUAACCUGUCAUAACUGGCAUGUUGUACUCAUUGAGAACUUCUCUGGAAUCUCUGUGGUUAUUGGGUGGUUACAUAGAAAAAGAACAAGGUGAGCAAAGGAGGGUCCUACAGAUUGACAAUCUUCUCUUUCCUUUCAGCGACACAGUCACACCAGCUGGAGUACGUAGCCACUACCUGAGGGUUAGAGUUCUGCCUGUAGCCUCAUCUUGAAGCAGAUGCUGAUGACAUUUGAGAAUGACGUGUUUUCUAUAAGUCAUAGAAGCCCAACUGUAGUGGUUAAGAACCACUCAAAGCAGAGAUGCUAUGCAGGGAACAAAGCUUAAAUGUGUUUCCUCUGGAAGCCACAUUACUAAAGAGGUCACAAAAAGUGUACCAAAAGUCCACCUCUGAAAUGCAGGUGGCAGGCAUAUUUAGCAUUUAUACGGAGUUUCUAGUAUUUUUACAAAAAUGACUUUAGAUCUGGUAAUGAGUUUUGUUGUUGUUCUUUAAUGAGCCUGUUUUCUUUUUGGAAAAAUGGCUCAAUAAAAAUAUCACUAAAGAAUUCAAUUGUAUAUGCAUGUGCAUUAAACACAGAAUGGUAUACUGAAGAUAGUUCACACAAAUAAUUUUAUGGGAAGUUUAGCUAUUUUCUUAAUGUCUUUUUCAUAAUGUAUGUUUAUAAAUAUAUUUACUCACCCACCAUGAUCUUGGUAGCUUAGAAGCAUUUUGUUAGCUGUGUUGUAGUAAAAAUUAAAUUCUUAGCAUAGUAGGCUUUGAGAGCUUUUGUUAACUUUGUAUUUGGACUGAAAAAAAUAUUUCUUGCACUUUCUAUUUAUAAAGAUGUUAUAACACAUCUAACAGCGCAUCUGGUUUUUUUGUUUUGUUUUGUUUUUUAAGAGCAGCAGAUGUAAGUAUUCAAGUGAAAUAUAUGCUUAAGGCCCUGGCAAAAGAAAAUAUGCUUAUAGCUACCUGAGAAAGGCUAGGGAUCAGUACACAGCAAUUAGCCUGAAAGCAGCUGUUGGAAUGAACACACUGUGGCUGUGAAUUGCAGUAUUGCUGUGAGUUACUGGGUGUUUGUGUGCCUAUACGGAAAAGGUAUUUAAUGAAGGCAGAUGAUCAGUGUAGACUAUCCUACCUCCCAGCAAAUACUGAGCAUAUUCAGGAUUUCCCUGCAGCCCUGGCACAGGGGCUUGGCUCCUCAGCCAGCCUACCCCCGUUCUUUUCUCUAUAUAUUUCAGCUCCUCUACCUCUGGGCAUUUUGCUGAAGAAAUAGGGUGUAGCUUUCUAUAGCAAGCAGAAGAAAGCUAGACUCAAAAUACAGAGGCUGUAAUGCAGAUGUUAAUGUUUGAUUGUUGUUGCCCAAAGUCUUUCACUUGUCUGGUAGGAGUAUCUGGUAGAGGUAGGCUUUGUUGAGUGUUCUUGCCCAUGCACAUAUGGUGUGUUUUCCUUGGUUGCCCAAGCUGGCCUCAAACUCUCCAUCCUCCUGAUUCACUCUCCAUUUUUGCUGUCUCUUUGUGAUGUCCCCAAGGCAGGCCUCAGGCCUUGCUUUGUAGCUCAGGCGGGCCUUCAACUCUCACUGUUCCUGCCUUGGCCCCUUGCUUGCUGACACUACCAGCAUGUGCCACGGCAUCCUCCUCUUGUGUUUGUUCUUACAGAUUCCCAACUCUGUUGAAUGGCGUGUUUCACUUCCUUCCUGUCCUUUCAUUGCUGCUGUUGGCAGUAUUUGUAGAGACUGGAGUAUUAGCCAUGUAUUCCUGACAAUGAGCCCACUGUCAGUAUCUUACAUGGGUAUAUAGGACAAGGAUUCUGGGGAUGAUCUAUUUGCUUCUAAUUACUCCAAAAAGAGAUGUCCCGGGCAGUGGUGGCGCACGCCUUUAAUCUCAGCACUUGGGAGGCAGAGGCAGGCAGAUUUCUGAGUUCAAAGCCAGCUUGGUCUACAGAGUGAGUUCCAGGACAGCCAGGGCUACACAGAGAAACCCUGUCUUGAAAAACAAAAACAAAAAGAGGUGUGCUUUUUAAAAUGCCAAGUGCUGUCCUAGUAGUCAAGAAUUGAAUUUUGUACAUGGCAGGAAAGUUCCUUUCAGUAUUAAAAUGCCACCUAGUCAGAACUGGUUUCUUCUCGAGGUGCUGGUUCCCAGAGCAAAGUCAGCUUACCUACCUUUGGAACAUUUGUAACAGCUGAGAAGCAACUAUUGGUUCUAACAGAUGUCCUGGAAUGUUUUCACCUUUUCAUUCAACUUCUCUGUGUGGCUACAGUGUCUAAAAGCAGCAAUUCUCUGGUUAGAGAUGAAAAUUAGAAUGCUCCAUUUUCAGAUCUUUAGGUGUUUGCAGUGUUUUCUGGGUACAGUUUUCUUUCCUUGUGACACUAUAGGUAGGGUAGAUAGGAAAUACAGAUAAUGUGAAAUUCCCAAUAGGGAGAGAAGCACUCCACAAAAGUGACUGUGAGCAGUUUAUGAAUAAACCCAGUAUGAGAGAAAGAUGAGUUAAACAUGUGAGUCUGUUCACCACAACUGUUUAUUGCUAAACUGUAGAGUCGUUCUCAGUCUGCAGGCCGUGCUAGCAUGGCGGGCUCAGGACUUAAGUUGUGCUUAGGAAAGCUUUCCCUCCGGCUUACAGUUUGAUGUUUUAUUCUAGGCCUACCCUGUUGUCUUGGUAUAAAUCAUUCUUUAAAACACAUAUUUAAUUAGGUCUUACUUAAUAGUAUUUUAUUGUCAGUGUGGUUACCUAUUUGGUUAAACUAAUAUUUGGAGAAAUAAAGAGUAAGAAGUGCCCAGGUAAUUUUCUUGAGUUAUAUCAAAUUCAUGAAUGUAGAAGGAAACAGAGUCUUACCCUCUUCCUCUGGCUUGGAUGAGCACUGAGCCUUUGUGAUACCCCUUCCAGACAUCAUUUCCAUUUGACUGGUCUGUUGUGCAACCUGGGCUUCAGAAAGAUCGCUAGGGACAGCAUGGGAGUGCAGUGGCUGCUUUGGUGUAGCGCUCCUGUUUAGCAUGCACAAGACCCUGUGUGCAGUCACCUGAGCAACGACAGAAACCUGCCCGAUGAUUCUGAUGUACAGCCAGGGCUGAAAUUCACUUAGUGAGGACUUACUUGUGGUCUUAGACAGGAUAACCUCAAACUAGCAUUAUCUCGUUCUCUUUCUCCCACUCUCCAAGUGAAAUGAAGGUGUUUGGGUUUUGUUUUAGAGGGCAGGGUUGAGGUUUGGUUUGGUUUGGUUUGGUUUGGUUUGGUUUGGUUUGGUUGAAAAGAGAACUCCUUGGAGUCGAAGGGACUCUGGAAGAGAAAUGCCAGAAGCUAGUUUCCUUGACACUGGUACAUUUACUGCUUGCUCUUGGCAAAAGCUGACAGUGGGCCAGAGUGCAGGCUCAUCUUCUCAGAGUAGGUCUGAAAAAAAGGUUAUGAUCCAUCCGAUAUCCUCUGUGCCAAAUAUAAAGUGUGCAUAUGUACACAAAAGCAGUUUCCCAGCCUGUUCUCUAUAGAGUCCUUUUCCUCUGCAUGUGAGAUUUGAGUGGUAACUGCUCAAUUCUGAUAGCUAAAAUAGAGCAGCCCUUGGGUGUCCUGAUUAAAAACAGACCCGCAAAGCCACGCUCAAGCUGACUUUGGGCUACUAUUCUUUGUGAAACAAACAGGUAGUAUUGUCACUUAUGGAGAAAAGAAUAACCCUGUCUACAGUGACCAGGACACUUCGAUUAUUUGUCUAAGCCUGGUAGGAUUUGUUAAGUGACUCUUGACUUCUUAGCUGUUGCUUUCUGAAUGAAAUGAACUCACUAAGGCUUAAAUAUUUCUGACUAGUGUGUGAAGUGAGUCUCCUUAACAUCUCUCCAUCUAGGAUGUUAAAAGGCCCGACCCAGUCAUUCCCAAAGGAAAUUGCCCAGCUUCCAUUCUCUCUCUGAGUAGAAAAUCUGUGUAACAGAUGACAGUUUACUGCCUGCUGUGGCAAUGAGGAGGGAACCACCUUUGAAAGAACUACACGAAGCUUCUAGCUGCUGGAAGAAGUGUGCCUUCCUGGCUUUUAAGUAACUGAUCAUUUGCACUAAGGAAGUAGGUGGUGUAGACAGGAAGGAAAGGUAGGUAAAGGAAAAGGUUGAUUCGAGCAGAAUGUGAGCACUUAUUCUAAGUAGCAUAAGUCCUUGGCUUGCGUAGCUGUAAGUACAGCAUCCGAGAGAGCUGCCGCCCUGCCUUAGGAUAGCUUCUGAAGACUUCCUGGUCCUAAGUAGGAUAGGAAGGUGGUUUCUAGAAGGGAUGUUCGUGCUGGAGAACAUGGUGGAGUACUGUGAAACUUUAUGCAGUUUAUGCAAAUUAUACCACACUGGACAAAACACAAAGGUGGGGAGUGGUGGGAAAAGGUAAACGUCAGCAUUUGAUAUUUUGAGCAAGAGUAAAAAAUUUCUACCACAAAUGUAAAGUCAGAUCAUCUUCUGCCCUAAUGUGUUGUCUUGCUCACUCACUCACUCACUCACUCCCCUUCCUUUGCCCCAUAGCUCUUUGUCCUUUUAGUACUGGGUGUUGAGCCCAAGAAUCUGCAGCAUGCUGAGUAAGCACUCUGCCACUGAACUGUCAUUCCAGAUCCAAAUCUUUCUGCAACAGCUAAGCAAGUGCUGGUCUGAUCCCAGUGUGACCCCCUCGCUCCAUCCCCUGGUCCUUGAGGAAAACAAGUGCCAUCUAUAGGCCAAGGAAGUGCGCUCUGUGCUCCCAGGGUCCGUUUUCACCUGCUGGUCUGCUCACAGCUUUGGCCUCCUCACUGUUUUAUGUUCUAAUGGAUCAAUUACUCAGGACUCAGUCACUUCCUUUUCCUUUAAGACAUCUUAGCAGCAGCGCUCUGCACUGAGGGUUCUCAGUCUCCCUAGUGAGGGAAAGUGCAUUGGCAGAGCGCUUACAUUUCCUGGUGCCUGUUGUUUAGGAUGGGCUACUCUGGCACUGCCUGUGAAAGGCAGAGGAGGUGAGGGCAAGAGAGGAACAGCAAUGCAGCAGACCUUUGAUUCCCUUCAGAUGGACCUAUUCUGAAGGAAGGAACGAUAUCCAACUCUUUUCUCUGGUGCUUAUUUAACGGGUGACAGCUGUCUCCCGGCUACCUGUCCCUGGCACUGUGCCUUCCCACUGGUCACUGUGAAAAAUAGAUCACACUGGACUCAGAGGCCAGAACCCAGGACAAGAUCCCUCUUCUUCUCUUGAGCCCAUUUCUUCUUCACACAGCUUCUAAUGUAGCAGGAACUUCUCUUUGAGAACGUCGGGGGUUCAUCCCAAGAAACCUCCGCAAAACAGAGGGAAACAAUUAGAUUUGGGUUAUAGUUGUCACAUUACGAAAUCACAAAAAGAUUUCACUUCAGCUGCUAUUGAGUGACAGUGGGAAUCAAACUGCAGCCUCCUCCAGUUUCUGAAGCUGCCGCAAUAGCGUUUGAAAGCAGCAGGUAUCUGACUAGUUCCCACUAGUUCCUCAAGGAGAGUCUAUACCGAAAGAGACAAUCACUUUCUAAAACAUUGGUCCUGGGUGGGAAUGGGGUAGAUUAUUGUUAACUCCCAGUCUGUUUUCUCCCUAUGAAAAGAGUCUAACACUUGAGAUGUGUGUCUUACAUCUGCAACAGUUAUGCCGUUAAUAGUAAAGAUGCCUCAGAAAAUACCGCAGGGUAGCGCUCCCAUACCUCUGAGAAGGCGGGGCUGGCUGUGUGCAUCUUGUCUCCUAAGACUGUUUUCUGUUGUGACCUUAACUAUAAAUACCUAUAUAUAGGAGUAGGAUGUUCUCCCCCCCCCCCAAGCCUUCUUCAAUCAUCACAUGUGAACCCUCCCUUCCCCUUUACUGAAAAAAACAAAAACAAAAAAACAAAAACAAGAAGUAUGCACUUUAAUUCCUAAGGAGUGUGGCUGAAGCCAGAUCACUCAGGAGGGAAGCUGAGGGAAAACUGUUGCCAGACCUUGUUGGGUUUAACCACAUUUCUUUGUCCUUUACCCCAUAGUGCUGGGGAUUGAGCCCAGGGCCUUACAUAGGCUAGGCAGCUGCUGCUCCAGGAUCAGAUAUCUUAAUGUGAACACAAAAUGACGCGUUUUUAAAGCUGUCCCCAAGUGCUCCCUGCCAAAGGGCAAAAGAACCACUAAAUAAGAGUUCAAAAUACCUACCCUGAUUUUGGAAUUUUUUUCUGGGGGAAAUUUUAUUUUCACUGAAUUAUUUUUUUAGCUGCCAAAUUAUAUCUUUAAAAAAUCGUGUUUUGUGGUAAGUUCCUUUUUCUUUUCUUUUUCUUUCUUUUUUUUUUUUUUGGAAUAAAAAAAUCAAGCGGAAACAAUGGCACUAAAAUAUUAUCCAGAAUUGUGUCACAUCUAAGUACUGGGCUUGGUUCCCCCUGUGUGACAGGGGACCCUGACUCUCCUCCUGUAGAUUCUGUCUUUCCCUGGACAAGCCAAUCGUUCUUGGAGGGGCAGCAUGUCUCCUAGAGCCCCUGGAGCCCUAUUGUGUCGGGGAGGGGGGGAGGGCACGGGGGUCAAGGGAGGGGGAGAUUCAAAGAAGAGUUAAGAUGUGGGUUUAUAUAAACAUAUUUAAAGCAGUUAGCAAAAGCUUUCUCGUUGAACAGCUUUAAGAACAAUGUGAAUGAAAUCUUAGCGACUUGGCUAGUAAUCUGAGAAGUCUAUUAAUGUAUACUUGAAAUUGUUUGUAUAAAAAUGCAUUUCUCUUUAUUUUGACACUGUGUAUAAGAACAUUAUGCAUGUGAGUGGUUUGAGAAAUAAAACGUUUAAUACUCUUA